AUGGCGGCCUAUUCGGAGAGCUGCGUGGACGCCACCGUGCUGGACUUUGUCGCAGAUCUGUCCUUCGCCUCCCCCGGGCACCCACUCCUCUGCGACUUUGCGCCUGAGGUCCCCUUUGGGGACCGAGGCCUUGUGCUCCAAGAGGGAAGACCCAGGAGGUUGGCGCGCUUUGAGGAGGAGGACCCAGAACAGGAGGGCGAAGUAGAGGAAGGGGAGGAGGAGGAGGAAGACGAGCAGGAGAGAGGCGCCUCCCUGCUGGGCCGCCCCAAGAGGAAAAGGGUGAUCACCUACGCCCAGCGCCAGGCCGCCAACAUCCGCGAGAGGAAGCGGAUGUUCAACCUCAACGAGGCCUUCGACCAGCUGCGGAGGAAGGUGCCCACUUUUGCUUACGAGAAGAGGCUGUCCCGGAUCGAGACCCUACGCCUGGCCAUCGUCUACAUUUCCUUCAUGACCGAGCUCUUAGAGAGUUGCAAGAAAAAGGAAACCGGCUGA